AUGUUGCAGAAAACCAAUCGAGGACUGCUUGCCUUGCUGUUGAUGGUGUUGGAGUGGACCCAGCCAGGCCUAGCGACCCCGCUGAGGCCCAUCUGUGACCUCAGAGUCCUAAACCAUUUCAUUAAAGAAGCACAAGACGCAGAAGUCGCUAUGAAGUCAUGUCGAGAAGGAUGUAGCCUGUCAGAGUCUGUCACUGUUCCCCAAACCAGUGUCGACUUUGAUGUCUGGGAGAAAACAAAUGGAUUAGAGCAAGCCCAGGAGGUGCAGUCGGGCCUGUGGCUCCUGCAACAGGCCCUCAGCUUGCUACGGACCUCCGUCACCAACACGGCACUGCACAGCCACAUAGAUAACUCCAUCAGAAACCUGCUCAGCAUCAACGCCGUGCUGCGUAGCCUCAACAUCCAGGAAUACACCCCACCAACGAGUGCAGCGGGGCUUGAGGGAACAUGGAGGGCGUCCUCUGCAACUGAUUUGCUUCAAGUCCACGUCAACUUCCUGCGAGGCAAAGUGCGCCUCCUCCUGCUGGACGCACAGGCUUGCCAGCAGGACGUCAGCUGAUCGGGCUGAUCUCCCUCCCCAACUCCAGGUGGAGCUCAUUUGUGUUUCCGAAAGGCAAGAGGAGGGACUUGACACUGUUUGACCUGCACGCUGGCUGCUGGAAGCGGCAUGCAGAAAGAGAGGGGAGGACCCAGAAAGGAGAGGACAGUCCCAGCUGGGCGUUUGGAUGGACGGGAGAUGAUUGCACCUUGGAACGUAGAUGUGAAACAUGGACACGGUGAAAUGAGGACCAAAAUGAGGCCUGUGAGAAGCACCGCUCCAAUCGCUGGUCUACUGGCACUCUCUUGCACUUUGUGUGUGGAUGUUCUUCUAUGUGUGUGUGUGAGUUAAUGCUGCAAGUUUAAAUAUGUACGCAGUGCGUGUGUGUGCACAUUUCCAGGGAGUUUGACCCCUACACUCACCUCUUUGGAGUGAAUCGUGGAGCGAAACACCCAGAAAAUAUUGAUUGCACCUGGAAAUUAGAGUACUGUGAGGUUGCGACAGGGCGCCCAUUUCCACGACCACUGCCAACAGGCAAAGAACGAAUGAGGCCUCAUCCCACAAGCCUUUUCAACUAUCUUCUCUUGAAUAUUUUUAUAUAUUUGUACAAGUUGCGCGAUUACUAUUUAUACAGGUUUUCUACUUUUAAGCUCCAGUCUUAGUGUUUUUUAGUGUCUGAUCUUUAAGAUUUCAGUCAAGCUCUCGUUGCCAUGUUCUCCUGUGUAACACUGAACAUUUACAAAAGUUGUUCGUUGGCAUCAUUUGCCUUCUGCUG